CGGUGCGUUAGGUUCGCAGCAGCAGCACCACCAAAUUUACGUUAGGCGCCGGGCUUUCUUGACCAUUUUUCUUUACGCGCGGCGCGGGGACGGGGGGCAACAAUAGUAGCGGCAGGUGGGCGACGCGGGGGGCUGCGCGCUCACGCGGUUUUUCACCUGCUGUUCGGCCCGUUGGCAGGGAGCGCCAUUCACGGGGAUGGGAAUGUCAGGCAGGGCCGGGGUGGCCACCACGUCGCGGCGCUAGCGACCACGUGGCCGCCCGCGCCGUCCUGCUUGCUGACAGGUAGGCCGUGUCGGCCGUUCGGUCCGGUGUCUGGUCCGGGCGCCGUACUUGCGGUUGCAGUCUUGACGGUUGCCGACGCACUGGCCGAGAGAGACUGUGCUUCAGCUCUUUUCUUUUCUUUUUUUGACUUCUGCCGUUCCAGGCGAUCCAUUUGCAUUGCAACCCACAACGUCUAACUAAUCGGAUUCAUGGGUCGGGGCUCCCAGAGAGUCCCACCCAGACCCAGUUGAUAGAUAGAUUCGUGUGACCUACACUGCCGCAUCGCAUUAUUUCUGCGCGGACCCUAGAGGAGUUGGUGGCUUGGACCGGACCUUGUGUGUCCCCAACCCAACAGCUACGGAAACCGAAGGCAGACAGCCCUGAGCUGAGAGCGCUGUGACUCGGUCGCUAGGAAGGAUGGAUUCCCCUUUCUCCCUAUGACUCGUCAGGGGGCUGUGCGAUCCAGCUCGGAUGAUGGGGCCUUGCGUUUGGAGGAUCAUGCGAGCGGGCGUGGUCCGUGAGGCAUCCAUCCAUGCGACUGACUCCCUCCUUUGUGAUUUUUCUUCUUUCUGGCACUCUAGAUCGCGCCGAACAACGCUUUGUUUUCAUGUGCACUGGAAUUUAUGGAGGAAUGGAGGCGUCGCAGCAGGGAAGCCACCCUGCUGGACCCUGUGGUGGUGGAAGCGGCGCCGGACUCCAUGGACGCGCUCUUGGCGGAGAUGGCCACCAUGCUGGCGUCCUACGACCGGGUUGACGUGGAAGCCGUGGCGAUCAAGAUGAUGGCCAUGCUGUCGAAGAUGGACCGGAAGGUAAAGUCGUCACGGACGCGGGCGCUGCUGAACCGGCACCUGGCCUCGCUGGGCGUCCCCAAGAGCGCGCACUGCCUCGCGCUGCGGCUGGCCGAGGAGUUCGCGGUGAACGCGGCGGCGCGCUCGCCCGUGCCGCCGCCGGAGCACGCACCGCGCCUCACCGACGCCUCGCGCCUCCACGUGGCGCUCGUGACCGACAACGUGCUCGCGGCGGCCGUCGCGGUGGCGUCCGCCGCGCGGAGCGCCGCCGACCCGGCCAGGCUGGUGCUCCACGUGCUCACGGACAGGAAGAGCUACGUGCCCAUGCACUCGUGGUUCGCGCUGCACCCCGUGGAGCCCGCGGUCGUCGAGGUCAGGGGCCUGCACCAGCUCGCCUGGCGCGACGCCGGCGCCGUCGCCUCCGUCAUGCGGACGGUCGAGGAGGUCCGGAGGAGCUCGCUGGAUUGGUAUCGACGACAGUGCGGUGGUGGGUCGUCGGCGGAGGAGACCAGGCCCAGCGCGUUCUCGCUCCUCAACUACCUCAAGAUCCAUCUCCCGGAGCUCUUCCCUGAGCUUGGCAGGGUGGUGCUUCUGGACGACGACGUCGUGGUGCGCGAGGACUUGGCAGGGCUGUGGGAGCAGGACCUCGACGGGAACGUCAUCGGCGCGGUCGGCGCUCACGAAGGCGGCGGCGUUUGCGUCGACAAGACCCUCGGCGACCACCUGAAUUUCUCCGACCCUGACGUGUCCGGCUCCGGCCCACUACACAGCUCGCGAUGCGCGUGGUCGUGGGGCGUCAACGUCGUCGACCUCGACGCGUGGCGACGGACGAACGUCACCGAGACGUACCAGUUCUGGCUACAGAAGAACCGGGAGUCGGGCUUCAGGCUGUGGCAGAUGGCCUCGCUGCCGCCGGCCCUGCUCGCGUUCGACGGGCGCGUCCAGGCGAUCGACCCGCGGUGGAACCUGCCGGGCCUGGGCUGGCGCGUGCCGCACCCCGACCUCGUGCGGCUCUCCGCCGUCCUGCACUUCAGCGGGCCACGGAAGCCGUGGCUGGAGGUCGCGUUCCCGGAGCUGCGGCAGCUGUGGCUCGCCCACUUGAACGCGUCGGACAGUUUCUUACAGGGAUGCGGUGUGGUCGAAUGGCAGUAGAUGGGGUACGGACGGGAACAGCAGAGCAUCAGAGUUGGGAGGAGACGUACAGUGAUUUGGUCCAGGUCCAGGUCCAGGUCUUCAGGAUCACGGAUUUUAACUGGGGCCGCCGGGAGAGGGAAGUAGGUGUUGCCUGCAGUCUCUCCUGGCCUUCGGGUUCUACACGCAGUCCACAUAUCCACAUUAAUCUGUACAACUGCUCGUGGUUUUUCUUAAGCCAAUAUAACAUUACCACGUCCAACGUUCACAAACGAAUGGGUAUAGAGCAUUUCCAAUAUUUAUGUAAAUAACUCCCUAAAUAUGAAUUUAAUAAUUUUUCAAGAAAAA